CCGGUGCCUCUUAAACGUGGUGACCUUCCUUACGUCCGUCAGGAGCCAAUUCGCUUGCGGCAGCGAGGUACAUACUGUUCCUACGUCCAAGAGAUAUUUGCCCGGCACAUUUUUAAAUCUAAAGCUGAUUAUUAUGGGUGACGUGGAGAAAGGAAAGAAGGUUUUCGUCCAGAAGUGUGCUCAGUGUCACACAAUCGAGAAAGGGGGCAAGCACAAGGUGGGCCCAAACCUCUGGGGUCUGAUGGGACGCAAGACCGGACAGGCAGAGGGUUUCUCCUACACAGACGCCAACAAGAGUAAAGGUAUUGUAUGGAGUGAGGAAACCCUGAUGGAGUACCUGGAGAACCCCAAGAAGUACAUUCCUGGAACCAAAAUGAUCUUCGCCGGCAUCAAAAAGAAGGGAGAGCGCCAGGACCUGAUCGCUUACCUCAAGGCAUCAACGUCAUGAAAACGAUCAAACAACCUGAAGAUUAAACUUUUGUUUUUCUUUCUUCUGACCAUCUACAUUCAGAACGGUUUUAUGUUUAGUCAUUUGUGCAGAUUUGUUUCUGUUAUUCAGAAAAAGCAGCUCUUCGUAUGAAGUGUCGUGUCAUAGAAGUCAUUCAAGUGACGAAACAUAAAACUGCAGCACUUUUAUUUAUUUUUUUGUGAAUGUGUCCUAACAAAUCUGAAUUUAAAACGGCUAAUCUCAUUUAAUCUGUUCUUCAUGACAAUUAGUAACUUCAAAAAACUUGAUCUAAAGUCAGCGACAGAGUGUGGAAACAGGAGAUUUGGUGCUCGAUCUAAAUUUGCUCCCUGGUUUCGGGGGGAGUUUUUAACUUUUCAACUGAUGCAAAUUCUCAGUCUGAAUCUUGACAAUACCUCUUUUUGUGUUACAUUACUGCUGGGGAACUCCCUCGUGGCUACAGACCUGGUUAAGACAAAACACCGAUAUCUGCUUUUUCGGCUAACGUGGCACGUUGAAUAUUUAUUACUGCCACGGUGAGGUGGAGUGAAAGCAGCUGGCGUACGAUCACCAUGCCUAACGGGAGAAAGGAAAAACACAAAUGAGUGAAGGAUUUUAUUUACCUGGUUUCACAGGCUUCACACCUCUUUUAUUGUUUGACUGUAAUCUGUAUUUUAAAUAUUUGGUGGUUAUGUCGUCUGAUUGUGGACAGAAAAGCUAAACGAUCAAUAAAAGGAAAACUUCACAACUCAAA